AUGGGAGACUACGGCCCCGCGGUCCCGCCGACCGAGUCCUCUCCGGCGGGCCAGCACUCGCCAUCUCCGUCGACCUCCACCGACAUUUCCGUGCUGAUCACGGGCUUCGGCCCAUUCAAGACAAACCUCGUGAACGCAUCGUACCUCAUCGCCUCCUCGCUUCCUCCCUCGCUAGACUUCUCUUCAGGAAAAGGCGACGAUGGCUCUACUGAACGUCGCAUCACUCUCAAUGUCUAUCACUCUCCCAUUCGUGUGGCAUACGCCACGGUCCGAGAGAUGGUCCCUCGGAUCCUAGAAGAAUAUGCAGCCACACACGAUGGCCAGCGGCCAGACUUGAUCCUUCACAUCGGAAUCGCCUCGCCUCGUCCAUACUACUCGGUGGAAUCUCUCGCUCACCGCGAUGACUAUGUAAUCACAGAUGUCGACGACCAGAAGGGAUACGAAGAAGGGGAGAAGCGGUGGCGUGAACUGGGACUCCCACCCAUCUUGGCGCCCGGUCUGGCCACAGAAGAGGAUAUCAAGGGGGUGAGGCGCUCAGUCAGUGAGGAAUCAGAGCAACCGUUUCAUAGAGUCGUACCCUACCCGCCAGACGACCAUUUCUUGCACGUGUGGAAAUCGAACGCUCCUCGUUUCCUCGAUUUGCGCAUCUCGCGAGACCCCGGCCACUAUUUGUGUGAUUUUAUCUUCUAUACGAGCUUGGCUGCGGCAAAGCUGCAAGGUGCGGAUCGCAAUGUGCUCUUUUUGCACGUCCCAGGUGGAGCGGCCGAUCAUGACAUCGAGCGUGGUCGGAAUGUGGCACUUGCGUUGAUAAAGACCAUGGUCACCUGCUGGAUUGAUGAUAAGCGGAAGGAUUUGGCGUGA